CUUCGUUGACAACGAUAUCGACGAUGUGUGUUUUUGGUUACGCCCUGGAAACGAUAAGGGCUAUAGGGUGCAUUGUGCAGUAGCGUGCCGAGUCCAGUGACGACGGGCUGGAUCACGCUCUAGAUUUUUGACAGCCUGCAGAAACGAUGGGCAUGUGUGUGGAUUCAGCAGUAGCACUGCAGAGAAUAGCUAGACAUACGAGCGACGUGACGUCUUGCGAUUUCAGCGAUAGGUUCCAUCUCGCCUCAGGAUCUGGGGACAAGUCGGUCGCCUUGUUCGAGUGGAAGGCAAGCACAGGAUAUGUUGAAGUGCUAUUUUCACCGUUCACCGGGCAUAAAUAUGCAGUUACGAGUGUAAGAUUCUCGCCGAGAUACCCGCUUCUUGCAUCCGCUUCUGUUGAUGGCCACAUUAAUCUGUGGAAUAUCAAAACAGGAGACUGCAUCCAGACCCUGGUCCAGGCUAACGGAAGCGGGGUCAGGUGUUUGUCUUUUUCCCAGGACAGCAGCCUGUUGGCUUCUGGAGGAGAAGGAGGCAUACUGUGCGUCUGGUCGAUCACGCUUCAAAAGAUUACACUGAUUAAAGCAAUACAUGGACAUAAUGAAGAAAGUGUACAAGGCAUAUCAUUUUCACCAGAUCAGCAUAUUAUAGUUUCUGGUGAUGUCACAGGUACAUUCAAAAUUUGGUCUUUGGCCGCUUUGAGGGAAGAAGCCGAACCAUCGGCUUUAGUCACAUUCCGGGAUGCACACGACCUUGGUAUUAACUAUCUCGAGUUUUCCCCGGAAUUCACAUUGCAUACUGCCAGUCAUGGCCUGUUGGAAAACAUAUACCUCUUGGCCACUUGUGGAAACGACCAUACGAUCGCACUCUGGCAAGUGCACAUCAUCACAGAUGACAAGCAAAAUACGUUCUGUCGUGCAACCGUAUCAGGCCCUACGACACGUUUUAUUGGACACAAUUCGGCAGUCACUCAGGUGCGGAUUAGUCCCCGAGGGGACCUCAUCGCAUCUGCAUCCAUAGACAAAACAAUUAGAAUUUGGCAGAUAUCAAGUGGACGUUGUUUAAAGACUUUGGAAAAACAUUCUAGAUACGUGACUUCGUGUGCUUUUUCAUCAGAUCAAUCACUUCUGGUAUCAGGCUCCAAUGACAAAGCAAUAAUAGUUUGGGACUUAAAAGGAAAUCUCAACCUCCACUCAGACAUUGUUGGCCAUGGAUCAAGACAUUCUCCACAAUUCUUUUCAAGUGUGUUGUCAAACCCAAGUAAGGAAAAGGAUGUUAUACUUCUACAUGAAUUAGAAAACCAUCUCUCUUCUGUUAAUUCUAUUAGUUUCAGUAAAGUUUUACUUGUCUCAGGUGGCAGUGAUCAUAAGAUUAACAUUUGGAGAUGGACCGGUGCGAAUAAUAUCACCUUGCUACAUAGCAUAGAAAAUGCCCACAGGUACACAAUUAAUCAAGUUGAUAUUUGUGACAAGACGGGGAUAUUAGCUUCUUGUUCUCUAGAUGGGACAGUCGUUAUCUGGGAUCCAGAACUAGGGAAAAUUAAAAAAUCCGGAUUCCAUGUGAGCGGUUCGGGUGUUCGCAGUGUAAAAAUUUCUCCCGAUUCCCACCUAAUAGCAGCAGGUGGAGACGAUGACCUGCUUCACAUCUACAAUUUGGACACAUAUGAAACAAUUGCAAAAAUGUCAAUGGAUAACGAAAGCUUGACUGGGAUUAGUUUCACACCCGAUUCCAAAUACAUCAUGGCAGGAACAGGUGAAGGGCACUGCAAGCUCUUUUCGCUCAUGCCAACCGUCACACCUAUUUAUAUGUUGGAAAAUGCGCAUGAUUUGGGAGUCUCUGGAAUGGAUUUCGCAGAAACAGUUCAUGCUCAAUUGAUAAAUGAUGGCAGGUAUGAAUUAGUAACUGCUGGCCAAGAUGGUAUAGUUAAAGUGUGGAACAUAAACAUCAACUGCUCGCCAGCAGUUUCUAUAGUGUGGAAUUUGACCGGACACGGCGGAAGUGUCACGUGCGUUAAGUAUUCACCUUGCCUGGCGGAGUUAAUAGCUUCAACUUCGAUCGACAAGACGUGCAGAUUAUGGGAUCCAUACUCUGGGAACUGCCUUCAUGUCAUCGAGAGCCAACAGCGUGUAUUGACGUCCUGCGCAUUUUCACCGGAUGCCACAAUGCUUGCUACAGGCUCAUUGGAUAAGAAUAUUAUGAUUUGGAGAUUACCGGGCAUCAUAAAGUUUAGAUCAUUCAUGGCUAAUGAUAAUUGUAUUAAUAAUAUCGAGACAUGGAGUGUUGAUGUUGUCAAUAAGUGGCUACAAUCUCAAAAUUUUCCUCCAGGCAAUCUAACUGGUAAAAUGCUUUUAGAGACAUCUAUUGAAGAUAUUUUAUCUCAAUUGAACAUUGAUGAUAUGAGAAAGGAGCUUCUAGCCACAAGAUUAGCCGAGUUAAGAAAUAAAAACAAAAGCGGACCUCCUCAUGAGUUUUUGUGCCCGAUAACACACCAAAUCAUGCAGGACCCUGUAGUCGCAUCAGAUGGCUUCACGUAUGAAAGGUCAGCGAUACAGUCGUGGUUUGCAUCAGGGCAUUGUACAAGCCCGAUGACGAACUCUUACAUGGUGUCGCAAGAGUUGAAUUCUAACCGGUUGCUCAAAGAAAACAUUGUGGCCUACCUUUCAUUCUUCUAAACUUUUUUUUUAUAAUCACAAUCACAAAAAUUUUUUCUUUAAGUCUCAAUUCUUAAAAGGUGGUUUAACCACGUGUUGUUACAUAUAGAAAUAACUCAGGGUUUAUAACGUGCCUUAUGAAAUGACUGUUAACAAGUUGUCAUAAAUGUUGAUUUAAAUUGUUUUGGCAAUCAUAUUCAAAUUUUUAUCGCUAUCGUUAUAAUAAUACAAAACUUUUCUAAAUUUAUUAUUCUUGCAUUAUUAUACAGAAAUUUAUGCUAAUAUUAACCUUAAAGCAAUUAUAAAUUAAAAUAAUAUGAAUUCAAAGUUUAGCUUUGCAAUGCGGUGCUUAUGAUAAUAAAAGCUUCUGCCAAUGGGGGGUGCACUUUAAUAAUGUUUUUCCUCUUGGAAAACUCCCCAAUGGUUAAAAUAAAUAGAAUAUCUAAAAAUAUAUUUCAACAAGUUCCUUAAACGAACCUGAUUACUUAUAAAACUGAAUGAUAGUAACAAUAAUUAAAAUUAAUAAUAAACAAUAAUAGAUUUUUAUAGUUAAUAAAUUAUAUUUAAUAAGUUUUAACAGCUCUUAGAGAUGUCAAUUAAAUUAUUUAAAAUACAGUCCAGAGCAAAUCUCUUUUAACACGAUAGAAAGUUUAUUCUCAAAUAGUCCAGCGUAAUAUUUAUUAAAUUGUAAAAUAAACUUUACGUAAAAAAUUAUGUAUUUACGAACCGACUGGAUUGUUUUAACAUGCACAAUUAGUUAUAUGGAAUGAUCUAAUUAAAAAAAGAGACCUAUGGUUUCUAACCAUAUGCCACUAACUUAUUUGAAUUCUUAGAUGUAGACAAUAAUUCGGCUUAAAAUCAUUAUUCAAGUUAUUUAUUUAAGUAUUUAUUAGAUGAGAUUAGUCUAUUAAAAACAAAACGAGUCAGCAUCGUCAAUCAAUCAGAACGCUUUUUUCUUUCUGAAUCGGGUUAUGCAAUUAAUCUUAAAACAUUUUAAUUGUCUUUCACACGGAUCCUUGCAAUCAUUCAUAAUUCAAUCACUUUUUUUUUCAAUUAUUUAAAUAUUCUUAUUAAUAAAUCAUUAUUCUUAUCAUAAAAGGAUAAAAUUAAGGCUAUAAUUUUUAAUUUUUUUGGGGCUUGAUUAAAUGAUAAAGGAAACAUUAGUUAAUCAUUGUAGUACUUAGGAUAAGUGUAGAGGCUAUAAAUUUAUUUUUAUAAAUCCACUUAUUUUUUAUAUGUUGUAAGGCUUGUUAACAGAAAUUAAAGUUACCAAAGUUAUACUUUA